UUAUAUUAUACUUUUUGAACGUCUCAGUUCACGGUGAUCCGUUACGUCCUUCGUGUAGACAAGGCGCUUUGUUCGUUCAACCCUUUAUAGUUUUCGUUCUUUCUCCGAAUAUUACUCUGUCCGAUCAUGUCGAAACCGACAGUAUGCAUAUUUCUGACAGCCGCGUUCUUCUUUCUGUCCGCAGCUGCUCUGCUGCAACACGACUCCGAGAACGUGUUGGAAGUCGACGGAUUUCGAAACGAAGAAACCAAAGAGGAUGAUCUCCUAAAUAAAUGUUAUGAUGAAGAAACCAAAUCAACCUACAAAGUAGACUCUAAUUGGUUAUCAAAUGAAAAGUGUGAAAGACGAAUUUGUACUAGACAAAGAGAUUCAAAAACACCUAUUAUCAAAACUAUGAAGUGUGAACAAUGCACUACUUGUGAUUUAUCUACCAAUGUUUGCGAACCAGUUAAAGUUGGAGUAAAUUAUCCCAAAUGUUGUCCACUAUGUUUACCAAAGCCAUUGAAAAAAAAAAAAAUCAUUAAAAAGUAUUAGUUUAUAAUUUAUA